AUGAGAAGACUUUUCGGAGGAAGUAAGGACAAGGCACCAACUGUUACUCUCGAUGAUACAAGCAAGAGACUGGAAGAUCGUCAGGAAGUGCUCGGAAAAAAGAUCAAACAGCUGGAGGCAGAGCUGGCCAAGUUGAGGGAUCAAAUUAAAAAGACUCCGAAUCAAAUGAUGCAAGAAAGAUUAAAGCAAAAAGCUAUGCAAGUAUUAAAACAAAAGAAAAUGUAUGAAAAACAACAAGAAUCAUUGAUGGGACAACAAUGGAAUGUGGAUCAAACUAAUUUUACAGUCAAUACUGUCAAGGAUUCUGUUGAUACAAUUAAUGCAAUGAAGUACGCAUCUAAAACUUUGAAGAAACAAUUCAAAGAAGUUAACGCCGAUAAAGUUGAAGAUUUAUAUGAUGAUAUUGCGGAUCAAAUGGAAGAUGUGAAUGAUUUACAAGAAAUCAUGUCACGAUCAUAUCAAACACCUGAGGAAGUUGAUGAUAAUGAUUUGAUGGCAGAACUGGAUAUGCUUGAAGGUGAUAUGGUUGCAGAAGAUGAUUCUUAUUUGGAUAUUGAUGUGGAUGUUCCUAGCAAGAAUAUUAGCACUGGCAAGCUCACUAAAAAGCAACAAGAGGAUGCUGAUUUGGAAAGAGAACUCGGUCUGCUACAAUAA